AAUUAAAUUUGAUAAUCAUGGCAAACACGUGUGUGCGCUGCGCUACGCCACAUCUGUCAGCUGGACAGCUGAUUGGUGUGAUAUCAGUAAUGUUCCCGCCGACAGUAAGGCACUAAAUAUAUGGGUAUGCUAAACCGCCAUUUCGCGACUCGUUUAUCAGUGAUAAAAUAAUUAAUAAACGCGGCAACUUCGUAGUUCCAUAAUAUUAUAUUAUGUGAUAAAUGAGUCGCAAAAUGGUGGCUUAGCAUACCUAUUGCCUAUAGUGCCCUACCGACAGUGCCGAUCACUAAUCAGUGCGUGCUUUAUGCGUACUGCGUUCGUCACAUUCGAUAGUUAGAUUGGCGUCUAUCAAAAUCAAACUGUGUCCGGCGAUUAGUAGUGAAAUAGUUGAUCUGAAGCUUGAACAAUAUCCAAUAUUCCGCAACAAAUCCCAUUGUUCUGAUGCUCUCAUUGACGCAGACACGCGGUGAAUCGAUCCGAAACGUUGGUUUUUGAGCGACCGGAAUUCUUUUGCUCGAUUUUUUGGUUUUCAAGCUUGGUUGCUGUUAGUUAUCACUCAAAAACAAUAAUGUCUUCAAAAGAACAAACUCAACAUGAUGGAGGAACAAAAGUUGGUGAAAAAUCAGCUAAAAAAGGUCCAAAAUCACAUGGAUCACUGUCAUCUAAUAUAUUGAAAACUAAAAAUAUUGAAGCUGACAGUGCAUCAACUUCACAAAUGCAUGCAGUUGUUGAAGAAAGAGUACUCUCGUUAUCCAGAUUAAAACCCCAUCAACUUAAACCUAAUUCAACAAUCAAAUCAUUAAUAAAUCAAGAUGAAAAUAGUGAACACAUUAUAACAGAUGAUCAAUUAGACAACAUUCAAUGGGAACUUGAAUCAUUAUUUUCUGAUGUAAUUAUGAACAAAAGAAUAAUAAAAAAUGAUUCUAAUUUGAUUGCUUCUGUACUAAUGGAUUGUUCUCAAAAUAAAACAGUAAACAACUCUGAAAUACCUAUAAUCAAAGCAAAAGUUGCUGCAGAGAUAUUUCACAGUGAUGAAUGUUCUUCAAACUUGAACAACUUUGAAUAUAAUUCUUCUGAAACAGAAGAACUACCUCCAGAUAAAACUGAAUCAGCAAAAAAAUUUUGGUCUCUGGUCGAUCCUUAUCUUGCUGAUGUAACUGAUGAAGAUCUUAACUGGUUAAACAAUUUGGUUAAGUCUUAUGAUUCUAAACCGAGUAAAAUACCACCUUUAGGUUUACACUAUACAAAACGCUGGGCACAUAAAGAAUUUGAAAUGGAAAAACAACAGGCUUCAAGCUCUCAUCAGCCAAAUAUGAAACAUCCACUAAUUGAUCGAGUACCCCCUGAAGUGGUAGAAUUAAUUAAUAAAAUUAAUAAUUCUGCUCGUGGUGAUAAUGAAUCAAAAUCAACAUACCAAAAAGUUAUUGCAGCUCUUUUAGAGCAUUCAAAUAUGUCCCAAAAAGACAUUGACGAUGAUAGUAUUGUUGAUAGUGAUGAUGAAGAUAAACCAGAGAAAAUGAGUAAUGUUUGUGAAGAAUUUUAUGGGGAGCAAAAUAUUAGAAAGCUGUUACAGAAAUUAGGAUUAGUUGGUGAUCAAAGUAAGGUUACAUCACCUUCAAGAAGUCCACCUUAUUCACCAUCACAGGUUGCCAAUGUCGAGGAUGAAAUUUUAGAAGAGAUAACUAAAUGUGAUGAUGAGUUAAGAAAAUUACAAUCAAUUAACAAAAAUCAUUUAACUAAAUUACUAGAACGAGCCCGCAUAGGGCAUGCUCAACAAAUAAAAAAAAGUAAACUUCGAAAACUGGAUAAUCAGAUCUUAAACUUUAAAAAGCAAGGUAAUUCACAAAAAAAAGAUCGGAAGACUGCACCAAUGAGUAAAGAAUCUGAAAAAAUUAAAGUUUUAUUAGAUAAACGCAGCAAUUACCUUAAGGGAUUGCAAUCUUUUAAUUCUUCUGAUACUAAUAAUUCCAAAUUAAGUGUCGAAGAAAAAAUAACCAAACCAGACGAUGCUAUAAAAAAGAAACCAUAUGAAGACGAGUGUAUUAUUAUAUCAGACGACUGUAUUACUAUAUCAGACGGUGAUUCAAAUUAAAGGAUAAUAAAUUGAAUAAAUCUCAGUUAUUACUUAAAAAAUUUAUUUUGUAAUUUUAUUUAAUAUGUCAUGCAAAUUUAUAUUUAUUUAUAUAUUAGUACAUAUAUACAUUACCAAGAAAGGUUACUUUUUAUUUCUCAGAUAAUAUUUUUGGAUAAUAUCUUUAAAAUGUACUAGAUGAUUUUAUUGUUUGUGUUAUCUAUUUUUUUAAGGAUACACUACAUGUUUGUUGAUUUAUUGAUUUUUUUUUUUUUUUAAGUUAAAACACAGAAGUUAAUUGUAAUUAAUAUUUGUUUUUCUAUAAACAUGUAUUAAUAUUAAGGUCAUCAAAUAAAAAUAUUUGUACAAUAAUUUAAGGAGUAAUUACUAAUUAGCUAUCAUAUUAUGUUCAAAGGUAUGGAUAUGAA